UAGUAAAUUGACGAGACCUUGUUUGUGUGUCAACAAUUUACCAACGGGCGGGCCCGGCGUGUCGUGUGAAUUACGGCCCUUACCAAAUGUUUCAAGAUUUAUUCAUGAUCCAGUUAGUUGUUAAAGUAUGUUUAUUGGGACACUAAGUUUAUGUCUCUACUUUUGUUGAGAUAAGAUACUAUAUUUGCAACUAUAAAAGACACCGAAGUGAUGACUGACAACAUUCUACUCGAGGGAACCUGUAAACUGGUAGUAGCCAUGAAGGUCUUCGCAGCAGUACUGAUGGCGUUGGCGGCCGUGGUCGUGGCAGAAGAGGCCAUCGAACUUGACUACCACAACAAGAUCGGUAUCCCCCGGGCUGAGAGUCUUAGACGCGCCGAGGAAGCCGCUGACUUCGACGGUACCAGGAUUGUGGGUGGUUCUGCCGCCAACGCUGGUGCUCACCCCCAUCUUGCUGGACUUGUGAUCGCACUCACGAAUGGCAGAACUUCCAUCUGCGGAGCUUCCUUACUGACCAACACCCGCUCCGUGACCGCGGCUCACUGCUGGAGAACCAGGAACGCCCAGGCUCGUCAGUUCACCCUCGCUUUUGGUACAGCUAACAUCUUCUCCGGCGGCACCAGGGUCACCACCUCCAGUGUCCACCUGCACGGCAGCUACAACAUGAACAACCUCAACAACGACGUCGCCAUCAUCAACCACAACCAUGUUGGCUUCAACAACAACAUCCAGCGCAUCAACCUAGCCAGUGGAAACAACAACUUUGCUGGUACUUGGGCCUGGGCUGCCGGCUUCGGGAGGACCUCCGAUGCUGCUUCGGGAGCCAACAACCAACAAAAACGCCAAGUGAGCCUCCAGGUCAUCACCAACGCCGUCUGCGCCCGCACGUACGGAAACUCUGUGAUCAUUGGCUCCACCCUCUGUGUUUCCGGCGCUAACGGUCGCAGCACCUGCAGCGGAGACUCCGGCGGCCCUCUCUCCAUCGGCAGCGGCGGAGGCCGUCAGCUGAUCGGUAUCACGUCGUUCGGAUCAGACAGAGGCUGCCAGAGAGGCUACCCUGCCGGCUUCGCUAGAGUCACAUCUUUCAACUCCUGGAUCCGGGCUAGAAUUUAAAUGACGACUGACGAAUGCUGAAUGAUUCUUUAAUAAUAAAAUAAUUUCAUUUACAAAAAAA